AUGAGGCAAGGAAGCGGCGAGAGGCUUCAAGGCCACGAGAGAGUCCAGGGAGAGGGAGGCUCAGUGGGGUCAGCGAGUGGCACCCACAACACAAUUACCUCUGCAGCAGUGACGGGUGCAAAACAAGAGCUCUGGGUGAGGAUGAGGGAACCGGCUGUGGUCCCGGAGCUCGCUGUGGUCACGGAGCUCGCUGUGGUCACGGAGCUCGCUGUGGUCACGGAGCUCGCUGUGGUCCCUGAGCUCUCUGUGGUCCCGGAGCUCUCUGUGGUCCCGGAGCACGCUGUGGUCACGGAGCUCUCUGUGGUCCCGGAGCUCUCUGUGGUCCCGGAGCUCUCUCUCGCUGUGGUCACGGAGCUCGCUGUGGUCCCGGAGCUCUCUGUGGUCCCGGAGCUCUCUGUGGUCCCGGAGCACGCUGUGGUCACGGAGCUCUCUGUGGUCCCGGAGCUCUCUGUGGUCCCGGAGCUCUCUGUGAUCCUGGAGCUCGCUGUGAUCCCGGAGCUCUCUGUGGUCCCGGAGCUCUCUGUGGUCCCGGAGCUCGCUGUGGUCACGGAGCUCGCUGUGGUCCCUGAGCUCUCUGUGGUCCCGGAGCUCUCUGUGGUCCCGGAGCACGCUGUGGUCACGGAGCUCUCUGUGGUCCCGGAGCUCUCUGUGGUCCCGGAGCUCUCUGUGAUCCUGGAGCUCGCUGUGAUCCCGGAGCUCUCUGUGGUCCCGGAGCUCUCUGUGGUCCCGGAGCUCGCUGUGGUCACGGAGCUCGCUGUGGUCCCGGAGCUCUCUGUGAUCCCGGAGCUCUCUGUGCUCUCUGUGGUCCCGGAGCUCUCUGUGAUCCUGGAGCUCGCUGUGAUCCCGGAGCUCUCUGUGGUCCCGGAGCUCUCUGUGGUCCCGGAGCUCGCUGUGGUCACGGAGCUCGCUGUGGUCCCGGAGCUCUCUGUGGUCCCGGAGCUCUCUGUGGUCCCGGAGCACGCUGUGGUCACGGAGCUCUCUGUGGUCCCGGAGCUCUCUGUGGUCCCGGAGCUCUCUGUGGUCCCGGAGCUCUCUGUGAUCCUGGAGCCCGCUGUGGUCCCGGAGCUCGCUGUGGUCCCGGAGCUCUCUGUGGUCCUGGAGCUCUCUGUGAUCCCGGAGCUCGCUGUGGUCCCGGAGCUCUCUGUGGUCCCGGAGCUCGCUGUGGUCCCGGAGCUCUCUGUGGUCCCGGAGCUCGCUGUGAUCCCGGAGCUCUCUGUGGUCCCGGAGCCCGCUGUGAUCCCGGAGCUCUCUGUGGUCCCGGAGCUCGCUGUGGUCCCGGAGCUCUCUGUGGUCCCGAAGCCCGCUGUGAUCCCGGAGCCCGCUGUGAUCCCGGAGCUCUCUGUGGUCCCGGAGCUCGCUGUGAUCCCGGAGCUCUCUGUGGUCCCGGAGCUCGCUGUGGUCCCGGAGCCCGCUGGGAUCCCGGAGCUCGCUGUGGUCCCGGAGCUCGCUCUCGCUGUGGUCCCGGAGCUCUCUGUGGUCCCGGAGCUCUCUGUGGUCCCGGAGCUCUCUGUGGUCCCGGAGCUCUCUGUGGUCCCGGAGCCCGCUGUGAUCCUGGAGCUCGCUGUGAUCCCGGAGCUCUCUGUGGUCCUGGAACCCGCUGCGGUCCCGGAGCUCUAUGUGGUCCCUGAGCUCUCUGUGGUCCCGGAGCUCUCUGUGGUCCCGGAGCCCGCUGUGAUCCCGGAGCUCUCUGUGGUCCUGGAACCCGCUGCGGUCCCGGAGCUCUCUGUGGUCCCGGAGCGACACGGAGUAGCCUGCAGCAGCGACACAUACAUAUUCAUGGCUCACGUGGCCGCCGCCGCCGCCGCCGGAGGGUGUGAUGGAGCCGGGACUGCGGGGGUGACCUCUGCACGGAGAAGAUACGGUUCUGUCCGCGGCCGACGGCACUGA